AUGCUUUUAUAUCUUCCUAACAAGUUGCGGAGUUUACCCAAGUUAAAGAUCUUUGACCUUAGUUACUCUGACAAAUUGAUCAAGACUCCGGACUUCACUAGAGCCCCAAAUCUUAAGAAGCUGAUUUUUGAACAAUGUCGAAGGUUAAAUGAGGUGCAUCCAUCCGUUGCAGGUCUCAAACAACUUACUUUACUGAACUUGAAAGGAUGCGAAUCUCUUACUAGCCUUACAUGCAACAUUAGCAUGGAUUUCCUUGAAACUUUGAUUCUUUCUGGUUGUUCGGAGCUCAAGAAGUUUCCAGAAAUUGUGGGAGAUAUGAAACGUUUGAAGGAACUGAAAUUGGAUGGGACUGCCAUAGAAGAACUUCCAUUAUCAAUUAACUGUUUAAGUGGCCUUACUUUACUGAACUUGGAAGGAUGCAGAUCUCUUACUAGCCUUCCAUGCAACAUUAGCUUGGGUUCCCUUGAAAUUUUGAUACUUUCUGGUUGUUGGAACCUCAAGAAGUUUCCAAAAAUUGUGGGAGAUAUGAAACGUUUGAAGGAACUGAAAUUGGAUGGGACUGCCAUAAAAGAACUUCCAUUAUCAAUUGGGCGUUUAAGUGGCCUUACUUUACUGAACUUGCAAGGAUGUCGUUAUCGUUCUAGCCUUCCAUGCAACAUUAGCUUGGAUUCCCUUGAAAUUUUGAUUCUUUCUGGUUGUUGUACAAAGUUUACAGAAUUUGUGGGAGAUAUGAAACGUUUGAAGGAACUGAAAUUGGAUUGGACUGCCAUAGAAGAACUUCCAUUAUCAAUUGGGCGUUUAAGUGGCCUUACUUUACUGAACUUGGAAGGAUGUGGUUAUCUUACUAGCCUUCCAUGCAACAUUAGCUUGGGUUCCCUUGAAAUUUUGAUACUUUCUGGUUGUUGGAAGCUCAAGAAGUUUCCAGAAAUUGUGGGAGAUAUGAAACUUUUGAAGGAACUGAAAUUGGAUGGGACUGCCAUAGAAGAACUUCCAUUAUCAAUUAACCGUUUAAGUGGCCUUACUUUACUGAACUUGGAAGGAUGCAGAUCUCUUACUAGCCUUCCAUGCAACAUUAGCAUGGAUUUCCUUGAAACUUUGAUUCUUUUUGGUUGUUAUGAGCUCAAGAAGUUUCCAGAAAUUGUGGGAGAUAUGAAACAUUUGAAGGAACUGAAAUUUUAUGGGACUGCCAUAGAAGAACUUCCAUUAUCAAUUAACCGUUUAAGUGGCCUUACUUUACUGAACUUGGAAGGAUGCAGAUCUCUUACUAGCCUUCCAUGCAACAUUAGCUUGGGUUCCCUUGAAAUUUUGAUACUUUCUGGUUGUUGGAACCUCAAGAAGUUUCCAGAAAUUGUGGGAGAUAUGAAACGUUUGAAGGAACUGAAAUUGGAUGUGACUGCCAUAAAAGAACUUCCAUUAUCAAUUGGGCGUUUAAGUGGCCUUACUUUACUGAACUUGCAAGGAUGUAGUUCUCUUUCUAGCCUUCCAUGCAACAUUAGCUUGGAUUCCCUUGAAAUUUUGCUUCUUUCUGGUUGCUGGAAUCUCAAAAAGUUUCCAAAAAUUGUGGGAGAUAUGAAACGUUUGAAGGAACUGAAAUUGGAUUGGACUGCCAUAGAAGAACUUCCAUUAUCAAUUGGGCGUUUAAGUGGCCUUACUUUACUGAACUUGCAAGGAUGUAGUUCUCUUUCUAGCCUUCCAUGCAACAUUAGCUUGGAUUCCCUUGAAAUUUUGAUUCUUUCUGAUUGCUGGAAUCUCAAAAAGUUUCCAGAAAUUGUGGGAGAUAUGAAACGUUUGAAGGAACUGAAAUUGGAUGGGACUGCCAUAGAAGAACUUCCAUUAUCAAUUGGGCGUUUAAGUGGCCUUACUGUACUGGAUCUAGCAAAUUGCAAAAGCCUUUUGACUCUUCCAAGUGUCGUUUGUAAUUUGACCUCUCUCCAAUAUCUCAUUCUAUGCGAUUGCUCAAAAGUUGAUGAAAUGCCAAAGGACCUUGGGAACUUGAAAAAACUGAGGGUACUUGAUGUCAGGAGAACUGCUAUAAGACAAGUUCCAUCCUCCAUUCAAUAUUCUUCAGUGAAGGUCAUUUGGGAUUCUUCGGAAUCCUCCGGAUCCUCAUCCUCCUCCGGGGAUUGA